AUGGCAGACGAAGUCGCUUACGGGGCCGCAGGAGGCGAUUCGAACAAGCGCAAGUAUGAGGACCCGCCGUCUCCGGUGGCGCGCAGGGUGACGGGAUUCUCGUCGCCUCUUGACUCCGCCCCGCCGCCUACUUCUUACAACAGCGUCCCGCCGCCGAUGAACGAGAUCGAGGCAGCCAAACAGAAGGCACAGGAGAUCGCAGCGAGGCUCUUGAAUAACGCCGACCCAUCGAAAAGAGCGAGAGUUGAGAACGGAGCUGGCGUUGGUGGCGGAUACGAAGCUGUCGAUGCAGGUAGUGGUCAGAAGCAUCUUGGGUUGGGUCUUAGUGGUCCACCGCCAAGCGCAUCAUAUGGCUACCCAGGUCCAAGCAAGAAAAUUGAGGUGCCAAAUGGAAGGGUUGGUGUCAUUAUAGGAAAAGGUGGGGAAACUAUCAAAUACCUUCAAACUCAGUCAGGAGCAAAGAUCCAGGUCACAAGAGAUGUGGAUGCAGACCCUAAUGCUGCCACUAGAGCUGUUGAAAUCACUGGUACUCAGGAUCAAAUAGCCAAGGCAGAGAAAUUGAUCAAUGAUAUUCUUUCGGAGGCUGAUACUGGUGGUUCUGGCAUAAUUUCUAGGAGGCUGGGUGGGCAAUCAGCCGGAGCUGAUCAGUUUGUUAUGAUGGUCCCUAACAAUAAGGUUGGACUUGUUAUUGGUAAAGGAGGUGAAACUAUUAAAAAUAUGCAAGCAAGGACUGGUGCUCGUAUUCAGGUCAUUCCUCUGCACUUGCCACCUGGUGAUAUGUCAAAAGAAAGAACGGUACAGAUUGAUGGAACUAGAGAACAGAUUGAAGCCGCAAAACAGUUGGUCGAAGAAGUCACCAGUGAGAACCGCAUGCGAAAUCAACCAAUGGGUGGAGGAUAUAAUAAUCCUCAGCAAGCCUACCAAACUCGGCCUCUGACCAACUGGAACCAGCAGGGCCCACCCAUGCAGCAACCAAGCUAUGGCUAUGGCCAGCCCGGUACAUACCCAGGCCAGCCACAGUACAACAUGAACCAACCAAAUUACCCCGGUUACCCUCCCACAUCUGGGUGGGAUCAGUCGGUUGCUCCUCAAAACCCGCAGGGAGGUUCUAACUAUAAUUACGGUCAUGGGGGCCCAACUGAUGGUUCUGCCUAUAAUUACGGGCAGGCCCAAGCCUACAGCCAGGGACAGGGCGGCUACGGUCCAGAUGGCUAUGGUGGAUACAAUUCGGGCACAGCCGGGUACAGCCAGCCACCUCCAAACCCUAGUGCUGGAUAUGAUGAGCAGCAACAGGGAGGAGGCUAUAUUGCAAAUGCUGAUGGCAGCACUCCUUCAUAUGGGGAUGCAACAAACCCAGGCCAGCCUCAUCAAGGCUCUGGAUAUGGGCCCCCACCUCCAACUUCACAGGGUGGGUAUGGAACUCCUCAACCGACUUCCGGUUUUAGUGCCCCACAGGCCCAGAAGCCAAGCGGAGGUCAGCCGAGCUAUGGGCAGUGGGGCGGUGGCUAUGCUCAGUCUGGGUACCCUCAUUCUCAGACGGAUGCCACUGCCGCUGCACAGAGGCCUCCGACUUAUGGCUAUCCACAGUCCCAGUCAGGUUACGGGUCGGGUCAAUCUGGAUAUGGGCAGCAGCCGUAUGGUGGUGGCUAUUCUCAACCGGCUUACUCUACUGAUGCAAGUGCAGGGGCCGAGCCAUCCCAGCCGAGUGCUGGGUCUGCCAAAGCCUCACCACCUAGUUAG